UUCAGUGUUUCCAGGGCAGAGUAAUGGGCUUCUCAGAAAAACCUUCUGUGUCUGAUCUGAGGAUUAUUCUGUUGGGAAAAAGUCUCUCCGACACCGGCAGCGUGGGAAACUACAUCCUGGGCAGAUCUGCGUUUGGGACUGAAGGGUCUCGACAUUCAGUAUCAUUUCAGUGUGGGAGAGUUAGAGGACAUGUGAAGGGAAGAUCCCUCACCAUCGUCAAUGCACCUCAUCUUUUUCAACAAAGCCUCUCGAAUCAUCAGCUCACACAGUCUCUUAAAGAGUGUGUGUCUCUGUCGGCUCCUGGACCUCAUGUGAUCAUGCUAAUUGUACAGCCAGAAGAUUUCACUGAAGCAGACAAAAGAAGAGUGGAUCACAUUCUUUCAGAUCUGUCUGAGGAGGCUCAUAAUUACACCAUGGUGCUAACGACAAAGAACAUAGAAAUCGGCACCAGUGUAGCUCAAGAUCAGGAAACUGUCCUACAGGAGAUCAUUGCCGAAUGUAAUUACAGACAUUUAAAUUUCAGUGGAUGCAGCCAGGAUGCGCUUGUGAAGAAGAUGGAAGAGAUGGUCAAGGUGAAUAAAGGAAACCUUAUCUGUGAGGUAUAUGAAGAAGCCGACUCUGCAGUAGGCCAAAAACCAUCUGAGCAAUUCAGAGGUCAACUGGAAAAUCAAGAAACAGUAAAACUGGGAGAGCAUACUAAACCAAAAAAGCAAGGAAAGUCUGGUCAUGCAGGCAUAAAACCCACAUUUAAUAUAUUUAAAGGUGGAUUAAAUGUGAGAAAGAAGGAGCACAGUGAAUUAAAAGAGACUCUACAUUUGAACCUAGUGCUGCUGGGAAUGGAAGAAUUAAUGGCCUCAGUGUCUAAAAUAUUAUUGGGUAAAAAGUCCUCACUGGUCCAGUCAGAGUCCAGCUCCGAGUGUGUGGUAAGGAAGGGAGAAGUGUGUGGAUACCUGAUAACGCUGGUGGAGAUGCCCGCUCUCUCCAACACUCGGCUCUCAGAACAGGAAGUGAUGCGUCAGACUCGACACUGUGUCUCUGUCUGUGAUCCUGGAGUGCAUGUUUUCUUUAUCAUGGUUCCUGGAGGUCUCAGUGAUGAAGAUAAAGCAGAAAUAAAGAUGAUUCAGAGGGUCUUCGGCUCCAGAAUUAAUGACCAUGUCAUAUUCCUCAUCAACCAGCAGUCGCAGAAGGAACAGAUAGAUCAGACUCUUCAGUCUGUGAUAAAGACACAUGGAGGACGAUCAAGAUUCUACAGCAGCAAAACAAAAGCAGAUGAUCUGUUUAUCUGUGUUAAAGAUCUUCUUAAAAACAACAAUCCGUACACGAUGGCCAUGUACGCUGAUGCCCAGAUUGAAACACAGCUGCAGUACAAAAGAGAAAUUGAAAAUCUGCAACAGCAAGUGACUGAACUCAAGAGGAGGACUCAAACAGAAGAUUUAUCAAAAAGCCCUGACGCUCUCAGAAUUGUGCUGUUGGGGAAGACAGGAGUUGGGAAGAGCGCAUCAGGAAACACCAUUCUGGGGAAAAACGUAUUUAAAGAAAUGAUGUCACUGCAGUCAGUUACCACUGUGUGUCAGAAAGAGACCGUAGAGCUCAGUGGGAGACGGAUUACUGUGAUCGACACUCCAGGACUGUUUGACACAAAUAUCAAUAAUGAAGAAACCAGGAAAGAGAUUGUUAAAUGCAUAUCGAUGGCAGCACCUGGUCCUCACGUGUUCCUGCUGGUGCUGAGAAUCGGACGCUUCACACAGGAGGAGACAGAGGUAGUGAAAUUCAUUGAAAAGACUUUUGGUAUAAAAUCGAACACAUACACCAUCGUACUCUUCACCUGCGGUGAUCAGCUUAAUGAACAGACAUUUGAACAGUAUAUGAAAAUUGCUGAGCCAGAAUUAAACAAACUUCUGUCAGCCUGUGGUAAACGAUAUCAGGUGUUCAGCAACAGUGAUAAAUCCAGCAACACUCAGGUGUCAGAGCUCCUGGAUAAAAUCGACUUAAUGGUGAAGGUGAACGGAAGAGGCUACUACACUAAUGAGAUGUUCCAGGAGGUCGAGGAAGCUCUAGAAGAAGAAAAGGAGAGAAUACUGAAAGAGAGAGAGGAGCAGAUAGAGAGAGAGAAAGAACUGAAGACUGAAAUGGAGGACAUGAGGAGAGAGAUGCAGGAACAAAAAGAAAGACAAGAGGCAGAGGAGAGAAGACAAGAGGAAGAAUUUAAACAGAGAGAAGAGCAAAUAAAAAGAGAUAUGGAAAAAAGGGAACAACAGGCAAGAGAGGACUUUCAGAAGAGAAGAGAAGACGAUGACAUGAAGAUGAAGGAAUGGAUGCAACAAAUAAACACAGAGAGAGAGGAGAACAGGAAACAGUGCGAGAGACAAAAACAGGAAGAUCAGAAACGGAGAGAUCAGGAGGAGGAGGAAAGGAGGAGGAAAGAACAAGAGUGGAAGGAGAAACAGAGAGCGGAGAAUGAGAAGUUUCAAAGAGAAAAAGAAGAGAUGAAAAUUCAAAAAGAAAAAGAAUUAAAGAAACUACAACAGGAGUAUGAACAGAAGGCAGCAGAAGAAGACAGGAGAAGGGAUUUAGAAGAAAAGAUAAAGGAUGCAGAGGAAAGUAAAAAGAAGGAACUACAGGAUCUUCAGUUAUCUCAGCAACGAGAGUGGGAGCAGAGGAUGAGGGAGGAGGAGGAGAAGAGAAACAAACAGCAGGAGGUCUGGGAGGAAAUAAUUGCUGCUAUGGAGGAUGAAUGGCAUUCAGAUCAGAUUAGGAAGGAGAGUCAGUAUGAGCAGAAAAGACAGAAAGAAAUGGAGGAGAGAGAUUUAAGAGAGAAGGAAAGAAAAGAGAAAGAAGAACAAGAAAAGAAAAGAAGAGAAAAUGAUUUCAAUGAAAAGAUCAGAAAUAUGGAGGAACAGCUAAAGGCACAAAGAGAAAAAGAUGAGAGAGAAAGAAAGGAAAAGGAGGAAGAACUCAAAAAGGAAAUGGAGGAAAAACUACAGAAACAACAGGAAGAUUUCAGAAAGGAGAAAGAAGAAGAAGAAAGAAAACACAAGGAGGAGGAGGAGAGAAAUCUUGCCUUCAUUACAGAGCAACACAAGAAAGAACUGGAGACCCAGAAAGCACAGAGAGAAGCAGCAGCCAGGAAACAGGCAGAGGAAGAAUUUAAAGCUCAACUUGAUGCAGAUGUUAAAGAGGCGAAGUGUAAAGGGUUUGCAGAGGGCCGUGCACACGUCGAGUCAGAAAGAACAAGACCAGGCAGAGCUAUCGAUGGAUUUAUUAAUUAUUUCUACUAAAAUGAAGAACAAAAGGAAACUGAAUGAAAGCUUGUUUGAAAUUCAUUCAGACUUGAUGUUUUUUAAUCCACAUUUUUUAGUUAAUAUCAGUUUAUCAGUAGAUUAACAUGUGAUUUAUAUCAACAGCAUUAUGCUUUGUUUCAGGUCGGUUUGCCUCUAUUUUAAUUACAUUGUGGGUUUUUUGUAACAUAAAAUUAGAUUCUGUAUUUUUUAAUAUAAAUAUCUUAUUUCUGUUUCUGCGGUUACUGAUCUACUGGGGUUUAAAUCUGAAGCACAACGACACAGUUACCCUCCAUAUUCCUUUAUUUUACCUCCAAAUGGACCAUUAAUCAAUCAGAGAUGCACGACAUGGACAAAAGUCCCUGAAUAUAAUAUAUUUGUGUUUGUUGUGUGCAUUAAUAUGGAGUUCACGCACUCUUCACUGCUGUAACAGACCAAUUCACAGAUACCAACAUCACUAACAAGAAAUUCACAGCACAGAGAGAAACACAGAUUGUUACCACUGAUUGUGUACAUCAGUGGAGAAAACGGAUAUUUAACUGCAAUUUGCAGAAAUGUUUGUAUUUAAAAGCAACCAGCUGAAUGCAUAAACAAAUAUUAUUUGGUUAUUAUACAACAUUUACAGAAGUGUAGUUGCUCUGCAGUGUGCUCCAUGUCCAUAGAACAACAAACUGCCUUUAAAUGCAGUGGAAGAGUUUUAUUACCUCGCCGGGGCGGAGUCCACCAGGGGGCGAGGCAUUGUUUUCAGUGGGGUUUGUUUGUUUGUUUCUUUGUUUUUUGUUAAUGAUACUACAGGAAAACAGCUGGACCAAUCCUCAUGGUACCCUCUAUACUGAAAUAUCUUAAAUGGCGACUCGCACAGUACUUUCAGCUCGGUUCUUGUUCUUGUUUGUCACAGAUAAAAUAAUUGCAAAUUAUGUAUGUAAACAAAGUGCUGUAAUCUUUGAAAUAAGCAUUUUUUCAUUGCUAUGCUUACUAUUAUUAUAAAUAUAAUUUUUGUUAUACAUUUUAAAAUGAUUCAUAUUCAAAUCUCCAAAUUUGAUAAAUCAUCACAUUUAAAGUGUUGUAAUGAAUGAUUUCAUUCCUGGCCAUCUGAAAGACACACAGAGACACAUUAAUAAACAGCCAGUAAUUAGAUGCAGGUGUUACAUGUUUAUUCCAUGUUCCCUGUUGGUUCAGCCUGACUCCUUGCUGUUAACAGCUGACGCUCAGCCACGCCCUCACUGCCACAAUCUCGUUAUAACUGUAUUCCAAAACUUUGGUUCCCUAUUAAAAAAAUAAAUAAAUAAAUUCACUUCAACUUAAAGCCCUCAGUAAUUUUUCUCCCUUCUAUUUUUCUGACCUUCUCCAUCCUCCUACAACUUCUACUUCACUUUCCGCAUUUGUCUCUCCAUCAUAGCUUUA